AUGUCUAACUACGUGGGAAACCCUAACACGAAACUGUUCGUCAAAAAGCGUGAUGGCCGUUUGGAAGAAGUGCUAAUGGACAAGAUCACUUUACGAAUUGAACAAUUAUGCGACGGCCUCAACAUGGACUUCAUUGAUCCGCCUGAAAUUACACUAUAUGUCAUUGGUGAUUUAUGCCCAGGUAUCACUACUGUACAAAUUGACAAUUUAGCUGCUGAAACGGCUGCUUAUUUAACAACUAAACAUCCAGAUUUUGCUAUACUUGCUGCACGUAUUGCCAUUUCUAAUCUUUAUAAAGAAACUAAAGAAAACUUCAGUGAUGUUAUUUAUGAUUUGUAUAACAUGUCCAAUGAACGAAAUCAAAGCCGUAUGCCAAUCAUUUCUGAUUUUCACUAUGGUAUUGUCAUGAAACACGCUGAUCGUUUAAAUAAUGCUAUUAAACAUGAUAGAGAUUAUACUUACAGUUAUUUUGGAUUUAAGACACUUGAAAAGUCAUAUUUAUUAAAAAUUGAUGGUAAAGUUGUAGAACGUCCUCAACAUUUAUUAAUGAGGGUUUCAAUUGGUAUUCAUGGUGAAGAUAUUGACGCAGCCAUAGAAACUUAUGAUUUAAUGUCAUUAAAGUAUUUUACUCAUGCUUCACCAACAAUGUUUAAUGCUUCCACACCUAGACCUCAACUUUCAAGUUGUUUUUUGGUGGCUAAUAAAUCAGAUGAAUUGGAAGACUUUGGUAAAACAGUUAAAACAUGUGCCAAAAUUUCUCAAUCUGCUGGUGGUAUUGGUGUACAUCUCCACAAUGUUGGUGCAGCUGGUACAAAAUGGACUAAGUAUCCAAAAUGUGAAUCACAUGGUCUUGUUGAGCCUUUGAAAGUUCUGAAUGAUUUGGCUCAAUAUAUUGACCAAGGAGGAAGGAGACCAGGUGCGGUUGCUGUUUAUAUUGAGCCUUGGCAUGCUGAUAUAUAUACCUAUACAGAAUUACGUAAAAAUACUGGCAAUAAAGAAGAAAAAACUAGAGAUUUAUUUUUGGCUCUUUGGAUACCUGAUGAAUUUAUGAGACGUGUUGAGGCUGAUCAAUCUUGGAGCUUAAUGUGUCCGCGUAAAUGUCCUGGUCUUUCAGAUGUCUGGGGCGACGACUUUGUGAAACUUUACAAAAAGUAUGAAGAUGAAAAACGUUACAACAAACAGGUACCGGCAAGAGAAUUAUGGUUUCGUAUAAUAACUUCUCAGAUUGAAACUGGUAUGCCGUAUAUGUUGUAUAAAGAUGCAUGUAAUGCCAAAAGCAAUCAGAAAAAUCUUGGUACAAUUAAAUGUAGCAAUCUUUGUACUGAAGUCAUUCAGUACACUUCGGAAGAAGAGGUAGCAGUAUGUAAUCUAGCUUCAAUCGCGGUAAAUAUGUUUAUAAAACCCAAUGGAGAAUAUGAUUUUGAAAAGCUUUUAAAAAUUACUAAAAUUGUCACUAGAAAUUUGAACAAAGUUAUAGAUGUCAACUUUUAUCCUGUCAUAGAAGCUGAAACUUCAAAUAAACGACAUCGUCCUAUUGGGAUUGGCAUCCAAGGGUUGGCAGAUUUAUUCUCAUUGAUGCGAUAUUCAUUUGGCUCUCCUGAAUCAAGAAAGCUUAAUUUACAAAUAUUUGAGACUUUGUAUUAUGGUGCGUUAGAAGCUAGUUGUGAAUUAGCUGAAAAAUAUGGAACUUAUUCAUCUUAUCAAGGAUCACCAAUUAGCCAAGGAAUUUUACAGUAUGAAAUGUGGAAUGUAAAGCCCAGUGAUUUAUGGAAUUGGGAUAUAUUAAAAGAAAAAAUUGCUAAACACGGUGUUAGAAAUUCAUUGUUAUUAGCACCAAUGCCUACUGCUUCAACAGCUCAAAUUCUUGGCAACAAUGAAUCUAUUGAACCAUAUACAACAAAUUUAUAUUAUAGACGUACUCUUAGUGGAGAAUUUAGUGUGAUCAAUCGUCACUUAUUGAAUGAUCUAAUUAAGCUUAAUCUAUGGAAUGAAGACAUGAGAAAUAAAUUGAUUUACUUCAAAGGAUCAGUACAGAAAAUAGAAAGUAUUCCAGACAAUAUUAAAGAAUUAUACAAAACAAAUUGGGAACUAUCUCAAAAAAUUAUAUUAGAUAUGGCUGCAGAUAGAGGAGCAUACAUUGAUCAAUCUCAGUCAUUAAAUAUUCACAUUGAGCAACCAACUAUUAGUAAAAUAUCAUCUGUACAUUUCUACGGAUGGAAAAAGGGCUUAAAAACUGGUAUGUACUAUUUGCGUACCAGACCAGCUGCUGAUCCUAUACAGUUUACAGUUGAUAAAAGUACACUGUCUAAUAAUGUUGCAAUUCAAACUGAGAAGAAUGAUGCCUUAAGUAUGGAACAAUUGGUGUGUUCAUUGGAAAAUAAAGAUGCUUGCACAAUGUGUGGUGCUUAG